CCUCACGUGCCUCCUGCAUUCUUCACCAUACAUGUGGGCAAUGCGCUAGUCCUACGUAGCAGCGUGUUGUUUGCUAAGGCGCCUGCAACCUGGCCUGAUCUUGGUCCUCCUUCAGGCUUCCGGACGAAGGUUGUGUCUCUUUGUCAGCCAACGAUGCUGCAAGUAAUGGAUGGAAGGUGCCAACGCUUGGGUGUUUAGAAAGAGUUCUGGUUGCAUUACGGACAGCAUUGACCCGCUUUCCUGAUCAGCCCGAGUUUCCAUUGGUGCGGAUCGAUAUGUGAGCACGAAAUGGAUGAGUAGGUUUGCCAUGCAAUUAGUUCCUUUGGCGGGUUGCGCAUUGACCGCUUUUGCAGGUUCCUCAUGAAAGUUCCAGGCAGCCAGUGCUGAUGUCUUUUCUAAGGCCGCCUCCCAUGUUGGAGUUUCCACUUUGAAGUACUUGCCUGGAGGGUUUACAAUAGAGUUCCAAUCUGCAAAAAGAUGGCCAAUAUGCAGAGUUUGGCCCAGUUGGAGUCGCUGUGUGAGCGCCUGUACAAUUCUAGCAAUCCCCAGGAGCGGGCUCAUGCAGAGCAGACGCUGGCAGUGUUCUCGGUGAACACCGAUUACAUCUCCCAGUGUCAGUACAUUCUCGACAAUUCGGCAUCACCCUAUGCCCAGCUGUUGGCAAGCUCCAGCCUUGUCAAACUCCUCACGGACAACACUCUCUCAACUCAGCUUCGACUCGAUAUUCGAAACUAUGUGGUCUCGUACCUGGCCACGAAGGGGCCGAAAGCUGAGCCCUUUGUUACAACUUCGCUCAUACAACUACUGUGUCGAGUCACGAAACUUGGUUGGUACGACGAUGACCGCCAUCGGGACAUUGUGAAAGAAGCAAUGAAGUUUCUGGCCCAGGGCUCCCUUGAUCACUUCUACCUUGGUCUGAAGAUUCUGAACCAGUUGGUGGCGGAGAUGAAUCAGGCCACACCUGGUCGGUCUCUGACCCAUCACCGGAAGACCGCCUGCUCAUUCCGGGACUUGGCACUCUUUGAGACAUUCCAGAUCUCCCUCACGUCACUGCGACAAUUGCAGGCCAAUGCCGAUGAUAAGCUGCGGGAGCAAGCGAUUGGUUUGGCACUCAAGUGCUUGUCAUUCGACUUCGUUGGGACAUCACUGGAUGAGAGUUCGGAAGACCUCGGGACCAUCCAGAUCCCCUCGUCCUGGAGGCCUGUCAUUGAGGACACAGCCACGAUGCAGCUCUUCUUGGAUUACUACUCAUCCACUAAGCCACCACUUUCCAACCAGGCUCUGGAGUGCCUUGUCCGAUUAGCAUCGGUACGGAGGUCACUCUUCUCGGGCGAAACGGAACGGUCAAAGUUCCUGUCUCACCUCAUGACAGGAACCAGAGAGAUUCUUAGAACACAACAAGGCCUUUCGGAGCACGACAACUAUCACGAGUACUGCCGGUUACUGGGGAGGUUGAAGACCAACUAUCAACUGUCCGAGUUGGUAAACGUGGAGAACUAUGCCGACUGGAUCAGACUGGUGGCCGAGUUUACCAUCAAGUCCCUCCAAAGCUGGCAGUGGGCCAGUGGCAGCGUUUAUUACCUGCUUGGAUUGUGGUCCCGCUUGGUGUCUUCGAUGCCGUACCUGAAGAGCGACUCGCCAAGCCUGCUAGAGGGCUUUGUGCCCAAGAUCACGGAAGCCUACAUCACGUCCAGAUUGGAUUCCGUCCAGACGGUGCUCCAAGGCACCACCGGAGAGGAUCCGCUGGACAACGAGGAGCAGCUCCAGGACCAACUAGACAGCUUGCCCUACUUGUGUCGGUUCCAGUACGAGAAGACGUCCAAGUACAUCAUUGCGCUCAUGGAGCCCCUGCUUCAGCGCUUCACUGAAGCGGGGCAGGUUCAGGGGAACGCGGCCCAGAUCGCGGUGAUGGAUGGACAGCUGACGUGGCUUGUCCAUAUAAUCGGGGCGAUUAUAAGAGGGAGGAUGAGUUCGAGCAGUGCUGAGUCCCAGGAGGUGAUCGACGGCGAGCUCGCUGCGAGGGUGUUCCAGUUGAUUCAGGUGUCAGACACGGGGUUCCACGCUCAGCGGUACCAAGAGCGGAGUAAACAGCGGCUGGAUUCCGCUAUUCUCGCCUUCUUCCAGAGCUUCCGGCGGGUCUACGUCGGGGAUCAAGCAAUGCACUCGUCAAAGCAACUCUACACCCGCCUAACCGAGCUCCUGGGCCUGCAAGACCAUCUGAUGGUUCUCAACGUCACAGUAGGAAAGAUCGCCACCAACCUGAAAUGCUACACGCUCUGCGAGGAAGUCAUAGAAGCCACUCUGAACCUGUUCCAGGAACUCGCUGCCGGGUACAUGAGCGGGAAGCUCUUGCUCAAGCUCGACUCCGUCAACUUCAUCCUGGCAAAUCACACGCGGGAUGCGUUCCCCUUCCUCGACCAGUACAGUAGUUCGAGGAACAGGACGAUGUUCUACUACACUCUCGGCCGUCUCCUCUUCAUGGAAGACAGCCCAGCAAAAUUCAAGGCCUUCAUAGCUCCUUUCCAGGCGAUCAUGGCAAAGCUGCUGACGACGCCUGACGCCGCGUUCCGAUCAGACGCUGUCAAAUACGCACUCAUAGGGCUCUUCAGGGAUCUGAGAGGUAUCGCGAUGGCCACGAACAGCCGCCGUACAUACGGCCUCCUCUUUGAUUGGUUGUACCCAGCAAACACCCCCCUCCUGGCCAGAUCUGUGGAAGUGUGGACGGACACCCCCGAGGUGACGACCCCGGUCCUCAAGUUCAUGGCCGAGUUCGUUGUGAAUAAGACCCAGCGGUUGACCUUCGACUCCUCCUCCCCGAACGGCAUCCUCCUCUUCCGGGAAGUGAGCAAGCUGAUCGUGAGCUACGGGACCCGAGUCCUCCUUCUGCCCGUGUCAAGCGACCCGUACGCGAACAAGUACAAGGGCAUCUGGAUCUCCCUCACCAUCCUAAAAGCAGCCCUGGCCGGAAACUACGUCAACUUUGGCGUCUUUGAGCUCUACGGGGACAGAGCCCUGGCCGACGCGCUCGACAUCGGGCUCAAGAUGGCGCUGUCCGUCCCUCUCCCGGACAUCCUGGCAUUCCGGAAGUUUGGGCGGGCAUACUACUCCCUCCUGGAGGUUCUCUGCCACAACCACACGGCCGUGAUCGUCAACCUCGACACGGCCACCUUCGCCCACAUCAUGCAGUCCCUAGAAGCGGGGCUCAAGUGUCUAGACGUCAGCAUAUCCUCGCAGUGCGCUUCCUCUGUCGACAACCUAGCGGCGUUCUACUUCUCCAAUAUUACCGUUGGCGAAGCGCCGUCCACGCCCGCUGCUGUUAAUCUAGCCAGGCAUAUUGCCGCGAGCCCAAGCCUAUUCCCAGAGAUCUUGAAGACGCUCUUCGAGAUAGUUUUGUUCGAGGACUGCGGCAACCAGUGGAGCUUGAGCAGGCCGAUGCUGAGCCUCAUCUUGAUCAACGAACAGAUUUUCAAUGAUCUAAAAGCUCAGAUCCUGGCGACACAGGCUCCUGAUCAACAACAACGAUUGGCCGGGUGUUUUGACAAGCUCAUGGCGGAUGUGACGAGGACUUUGGAGCCUAAAAAUAGAGACAAAUUCACGCAGAACCUGACAAUAUUCAGACACGAUUUUCGGGCAAAGUAGAUGGCAUGCACUUCUCGUUAUCCAAAUAUGAUUAGCCAGAGCAUUCUUUCGACGAGUUCGAUCUGGCGGCUGCAUCAUGAUUUACCAAAAGUACGAUCAGGCUAGCAGGUUAUAUGCAGACGGUCAUGGCUGCCGAGGAAAGGGGUACCAGGUGCGGAGGUUACUCGUGUGGUGGUACGUCGCUGAUUGGCUGAUUUGUCCAACGCACUUACAUUUCAAAGCUAUUGCUUCCGGGUGGCAAACACCAUU